AUGCCUGUGAACGGAACAAGCUAUCUCGACCCAAAAGAUGCUCUUGAACAUCUCAAGACCUAUGCUCGUUCAGAUGGCCUUGCAGUCACAGACCUCAUGGACUCUCAAGUCCAUGGUGGGCUAACCUACAACGACUUUCUUCUCCUCCCCGGCAAAAUCGACUUCCCUGCCUCAGAGGUCGUCACCGAAAGUCGCAUCACACGAAAUGUAGUUCUCAAGACUCCUUUCAUGAGUAGUCCUAUGGACACUGUUACCGAGAGCGAGAUGGCCAUCUCGAUGGCGCUCCUUGGAGGCAUUGGUGUUAUUCACCAUAACCAGUCUGCCGAGUCGCAGGCUGCCAUGGUUCGUGCAGUGAAGCGUCACGAGAACGGUUUCAUCUCCGAUCCAGUGGUUCUAUCUCCCUCUCAUCUCGUAGAAGACGUCUUGGAUAUCAAGGCCAGACUCGGCUUCUGUGGUAUUCCCAUCACAGAUUCCGGCGUCGUUGGUGGUAAACUGGUCGGCAUCGUCACCGCCAGAGACAUCCAAUUCCGCGAUCCUUCUACUCCCUUGUCCGAAGUGAUGACCACGGACCUCGUCACCGCGCAACAGGGCAUCACCCUCUCCGAGGCCAACGACAUCCUCCGCGACUCUAAGAAGGGCAAACUGCCCAUCGUCAACGCAGCCGGCGAAUUCAUCUCCCUCCUCGCCCGCUCCGAUCUGCUCAAAAACCAGUCCUACCCUCUCGCAUCCAAAAACCCCAAGAGCAAGCAGCUCUAUGCCGCUGCCGCCGUCGGCACCCGCCCCUCCGACCGCGAGCGUCUCGCGCUCCUCGUCGACGCCGGGCUUGACAUCGUCAUCCUUGACUCCUCUCAAGGCAACUCCAUCUUCCAAAUUGACAUGAUCCAAUGGAUCAAGGCGACAUACCCCAAACUUGAGGUCGUCGCAGGCAACGUUGUCACGCGCGAACAAGCCGCGUCGCUCAUCGCCGCAGGCGCAGACGGGCUGCGCGUCGGCAUGGGCUCGGGAUCCAUCUGUAUCACACAGGAGGUCAUGGCCGUCGGCCGCCCUCAGGCAACCGCUGUGUACGCCGUCGCCGAGUUCGCAAGCAAGUUCGGUGUGCCCGUCAUCGCUGACGGUGGAAUCGGUAACAUCGGGCACAUUGUCAAGGCUCUUGCGCUGGGCGCGGGCGCGGUGAUGAUGGGUGGGCUUCUCGCGGGCACAGAGGAGGCGCCAGGAGAGUACUUCUACCAUGAGGGCAAGCGUGUCAAGGCGUACCGCGGCAUGGGCAGUCUCGAGGCCAUGGAGCAAGGGCAGGCGGCCAAGGGCGGUGCAAAGGGCAAACCCGCCAAGUACCCCGCUCCCAAGAAGUCAUCCACCGUCGAAAACGCGGCGACGUCGCGCUACUUUUCCGAGAGCAGCGCGGUGAAGGUCGCGCAGGGUGUGUCGGGUGAUGUGCAGGACAAGGGCAGCGUCAAGGCGUUCCUGCCUUAUUUGUACGUUGGUGUGCAGCACUCACUGCAGGACAUCGGCGUACGCAGUGUGUCUAAGCUCCAGGAGGGUGUUAAGGAGGGCAAAGUUCGCUUCGAGCUGCGGACCGCUAGCGCCCAGGUCGAGGGUGGUGUGCAUGGUUUGAACUCGUACACCAAGAGGCUCUUCGCCUAA